AUGGAAAAGGACGAAGUUGAGGAUGCUGGUUUAUCUGUCGAUGGUUUGCCAGACAGCAACAUCAUGGACAUGGCAGAGAAACUGCUCAAAGAGGUGGGAAAUAUGCCAGAUAAUGGGAUUGCGUUGGAUCCGUGGACAACAACCACCGAAGUCAUGGCAGUAGACUCCACUGUGAUGGCGCUCCUUGUCAGAAACACUGGCGGCGGGGGAGUAGUUCGUGUGCUGAGCAAGCCAGCAAAGUUCACGAAAAGCGACGGGCUACCUGGAGUAGUGCUUCUUGUUCUGAAGCCCGGUGAAAAAUUUUUGCUCUUGGGCUCGUUAUCAAUUCGCUAUAUUCGUCGUCGAAUAUCCCAAUGA